UUCACCAUUCGCUCACUCUCUCUCUCUCUCUCUCGUCUUCUUCUUCCCACCACUCUCUCUGUUUCUCCACAACUUCUCUUCUCAAAGUUAAAAUUACCCCUAAACCAAAAAAAAAAAAAACGCUCUUCACUAUUUAUUUACUAAACUCUCCUUUGUUUGUUACUAAGCUCUCACUAAAACCCUAAUCUUUCUCCUCUUAUAUAUCUCGUGACUCUUCUUUCUCCUCCAAUCUCUCUCUCCCUCUUCACAAACCAAUUAGCUUCUUUCUGUAAAACCUCACUCGUUGGCCAAUUCUUUUGGUUUUCAUACACAUAAAUCUCAGAUUCCAAAUGGGUUUUCUUAGCUCUUUCUUUCAAAUGAUGAACAUUUGUUAGCAGAAUCUUCCUCUUUCCCUAAAGUUUUGAUCUUUUUUUCCCCCUUCAAUUUUGUAUUUUCUCACCAAAUAAAAAAAGGUUUCUUCAGUGGGUUUUAAGGGUUUAUUAUUAUCUUAAAAUUAAACACAAUUCUUUAAUCAAAAGGCAAAAAUCUUAAUUUCAUCACUCUCUUCUCACUCACAAAAGUUCUUACAAUCUUCAAAGUUUUGGUCUUGUUUCUUUUCCGAUUUCACCGGACAAAAAAAAUGUCGGCGUGUUUAAGCAGCGGAGGAGGAGGAGCAGCAGCAUAUAGUUUCGAGUUAGAAAAAGUGAAAUCACCACCACCAUCAUCCUCAACAACAACAACAAGAGCUACUUCACCAUCAUCAACAAUCUCCGAAUCAUCAAAUUCACCACUCGCAAUCUCAACGAGAAAGCCAAGAACACAACGCAAAAGACCAAACCAGACUUACAACGAAGCAGCUACUCUUCUCUCUACUGCUUAUCCCAACAUCUUCUCCUCAAACUUGUCCUCUAAGCAAAAAACUCACUCUUCAUCAAACUCUCACUUCUACGGGCCAUUGCUUAGUGACAACGACGACGCUUCUGAUUUGCUUCUUCCUUAUGAAUCAAUCGAAGAACCUGAUUUUCUGUUUCAUCCAACGAUUCAAACGAAAACAGAGUUUUUCUCAGACCAGAAGGAAGUUAACUCCGGUGGAGAUUGCUACGGUGGUGAAAUCGAAAAGUUUGAUUUCUCCGACGAAUUCGAUGCUGAAUCGAUUCUCGAUGAGGAUAUUGAAGAAGGAAUCGAUAGUAUAAUGGGGACUGUGGUGGAAUCGAAUUCAAAUUCGGGGAUUUAUGAAUCUAGGGUUCCGGGAAUGAUCAAUCGCGGUGGAAGAAGUUCUUCUAAUCGGAUUGGUAAACUAGAACAGAUGAUGAUGAUCAAUUCAUGGAAUCGAAGCUCUAACGGAUUCAAUUUCCCGUUAGGGCUUGGAUUACGAAGUGCUCUCAGAGAAAACGACGACACAAAAUUGUGGAAGAUUCAUACCGUUGAUUUCGAACAGAUCUCGCCGCGAAUUCAAACUGUCAAAACCGAAACUGCAAUCUCCACCGUUGAUGAGGAGAAAUCCGACGGUAAGAAGGUGGUAAUCUCUGGAGAGAAGAGUAAUAAGAAGAAGAAGAAGAAGAAAAUGACGGUGACGACGACAUUGAUUACGGAAUCGAAAAGCUUGGAAGAUACGGAGGAGACGAGUUUGAAGAGAACAGGUCCGUUGUUGAAGCUUGAUUACGACGGCGUUUUGGAAGCUUGGUCUGAUAAAACGUCGCCGUUUCCCGACGAGAUUCAGGGAUCGGAAGCUGUCGAUGUCAAUGCUAGAUUAGCUCAGAUUGAUUUGUUCGGAGACAGUGGAAUGCGAGAAGCAAGUGUUUUGAGGUACAAAGAGAAACGUCGAACUCGUCUUUUUUCGAAGAAAAUUCGAUACCAAGUUCGCAAACUCAAUGCUGAUCAACGUCCUCGAAUGAAGGUAUCUAACCCAUCUUAGUCAGUGGUUAAAAACAUGUAGGUUUUUUUUACCAUCCUUCAAAAUUUGUUUUGAAUCAGCAUAAUAAGACUAGCUUUAGUUUUCAGAUUUAAAGUAGAUGAGAAAACUCUUGUUGAGUUUUUCUAUUCGUUUUUUUUCUUCAAGAAGAUGAAAUAAGCUUUCUUUUGGGUAUCUUUAUUCCAAAUGAACCAAACCGAACAAGUAAAGGAAACUACGUACCACAAGCCAAACAAAAAGAUUUAAAACCAAACCAAAGGUUAAAUAUAUUAAGAAUUGUCAUCUAAAGGAAACAAAACUAACUAAUAACGUUAGAUUGAGGUCAAGGGCUAGGGAUAUAUACAUUAGAUUUGAUUAAGACAAGAACCUAAUAUUAAUGUUUUCUUUUCUUUUUGUGGUUGGUGAUGGGAUGUGGGAACAGGGACGAUUCGUGAGAAGGCCCAAUGAGAGCACUCCAAGUGGACAAAGAUAACAAGGAUAAAAGAGCCUAGAUUUAUCUUAUCUUUUUUUUUUUAUCUUUUGUUUAUUCCUUGUUUUAUUUUUGUUUCUAAAAUUUUGGCACCCUCCUUUUUUGUUUCUUUUAAGUUAUGGUCCCUUUUGGUUUAUAAUUUAGAUUUUUUGAUGAGGGGGAGAUUUGAUUGAGAAAGUGAGGGAUCAAAACUAAUAAAAGUUUUUGUUAUUAAUAGAAGAAACAGAGCUCUUGAGAUUUUAAUGACUCAAGAAGCAAGUCAGAG